UGACUUACUUAUUAGUACCUUCUCCUCAUAAUGGCGGCUAGCGUGAGAAGAAUUUGCGGAGCUGGUAUUUUAAAAACGAAUCGUGGUGCUGUGCGGCAUCAGGUUAGCAGUUUCUCCACAGCACGAUUUAAUGGCUGGGCAAAAGGACGUAAAACGCUGUUUGCAACACUAGGGAUUGUCACAGGUGGAGCAGGUACUCUUCUGUUUGCUCUUGAUCAGUCAGUCAAAGCUACAGAACUUGAGCUUCAUCCACCCAAAAAUCCGUGGAGUCAUAGUGGUUUCUUUUCUUCACUUGACCAUAGCAGCAUUCGUCGUGGCUAUGAAGUAUAUAAACAAGUAUGUGCUGCAUGCCACAGCAUGAGAUAUAUUGCAUAUCGUAACUUGGUUGGAGUUUCCCAUACAGAAGCAGAAGCGAAAGCAGAAGCCGAAGAAGUUCAGAUUCAAGAUGGUCCAGAUGAGGCAGGCAACAUGUACAUGAGGCCUGGAAAGUUGUCUGACUACUUUCCCAGCCCUUAUCCAAAUGAAGAAGCUGCUCGAGCUGCAAAUAAUGGAGCCUUUCCACCUGAUUUAAGUUACAUUGCACUUGCCCGACAUGGUGGAGAGGACUAUAUAUUUGCACUUCUCACUGGCUACUGUGAUGCUCCAGCAGGAAUUGUCCUGAGGGAAGGACAGUAUUAUAAUCCAUACUUCCCCGGAGGAGCCAUCAGUAUGGCUCAAGCGCUCUACAAUGAGACUAUAGAAUAUGCAGAUGGUACUCCAGCUUAUGCCAGCCAGCUAGCGAAGGAUGUAUCAACGUUUCUGAAGUGGGCUGGUGAGCCUGAAUAUGACCAGAGGAAGUUAAUGUUGAUCAAGAGCCUCUUCAUUUUCUCCUUGCUGCUUGCUGUUAGCUAUUACAUCAAGCGCCACAAGUGGUCAGUCAUCAAGAGUCGCAAAUUGGCUUAUAGACCAGUGUCAAAGAAGUAGAUUAGAAAUUAGUGACAACCAAAAUUGUGUAGGAAAGACAUUGGGAGAACUGUAGUUUUCAAGAAAGAAACGUUACUCCUUCUUUUGUGAGUUUUUUGCAAUUUGCCAAGUGCAUUUCAAGUUAAUUCACAAAUGUUGUUUGAUGUACAUAUGCAAAUAAUAUGAAAAGUUACAUUAAAGAAUUUGGAAAGAUUACAUCAAAUGUUAACUAGA